AUGGUCCGCUCCUCCACCAUUGUUCUCACCCUCACUCUUGCUGCAACGGCGUUCGCCGCCCCUUUGUCUUUGGAGCGCCGAAGCGCUCCAAUGGAGGAGCAUGAGCAGUUUGCAAUGCGAAGCGAAAUGGACGCUGCUUCCCUCGAAAAGCGGUUCGACUUCAUGCACCACCUUCACACAGCAUUGAGUUGGGUGAAAAGCAACCCAAAGAAAUCCGCCGCCGGUGCCGCCGCCGUCGUUGGUUUCCUCGGUCACCACAUAUGGAAAAAAAAGCAGGACAAGGCCCUCACGAACGCGCAGCCUGCCAGGCAGGCGACCGAUGGGGAGGUGCCUGACGAGUCGCCGACGGACGGGGGGUCCGGCGGGGACGCUAGCAAGUACCGGAGACGUGACUUGCAAGAUGACGACGAAUACCUCCUCGAGAUGAGGGACAUGGAAGACAACACGCCCUGGGUCGUACUACGCGAUGCCAACAUGGAAUACGUGGCAUCGACGUUAGAGAAGCGCGGGUCGUUAUCUGACAUGGAAUAG